AUGGUCAGAGCCCAGGAGCAUCUGGGAUGCAGAGAUCUUGGACAGGAUCGUGAGGCUGGAUUAGCUUCGAGAGGGGAAAGGUGCCGGAGUUUCAUUGAUUUGGCCCCUGUCACUCAGCAAGGUAUCCUGUGGCUCUCAUUGGUCUCUGAGGUUCUCCAUGUUGGCCUGCUCUCCUUCAGUUUCCUGCUGAUGGGGUUAGACUUCUGUUUAUCUGGCAACCCUACCUGUGGCCUCAAACUCAACGCGUUUGCAGCCAUUUUCUCUGUUUUAUCGGGGUUGCUCGGAAUGGUCGCCCAUAUGAUGUACUCGCAGGUUUUCCACGUGACAGCGAGUCAAGGGCCUGAGGACUGGAGACCCUAUCACUGGGACUUUGGCUGGUCCUUCUACUUCGCUUGGGCUUCCUUCACCUUCUGCAUGGCCUCCUCAGUCACUGCUCUGAACAGCUACACCAAGACAAUCCUCGAGUUUAACCAGCUGCAGAAAAUCUGCCGGCGCUAUUCGGAGCGGGGGCUGGAUUCUCUCCCGGGACGGUCCUGUAGCUCAGUCCAAACCUUUCCCGAUCCGGUUCGCGGCCUCCUGACCUGCAGGCCACCAGCAGAUGAACUCGACACCGCGUCCCUUGGUGAUGAAUGUUGUUAACUCCAGGAAGACAGACUGUGUCUGCCUCAUUCCUCUUCAUCGAUAUGAUCCCUUUCCAAUAUUGUCAACGUAAAAGCUUUCCCCAAUAAAGAAACUGAGCUGUGGUCAGAUUGAGCCCCUUCCUGGAGGUUGGUGUUUGGAAAUCAGUUUCUUUCCCAGUCACUGAGUGGGACUGUCAGCAGGAACCAGCUACAAUGUG